GCCUUUAUUCGCUUGUUUCAGUCUUCAGAUGGACCGAGUGCCCCCGGCACUGGCCGCUAAGAUGCGCUGGAUCACGCUGGUGCUUGCCGGCUUGACUUUCUGGGGCAAAGUGACUAUUUGUAACUGUUUCGACUACGAGGAGCCAGAUUAUGAUUAUUAUGAAGAGGAGAGAGCGGAGACGAUUGACUACAAAGACCCCUGCAAAGCUGCUGCAUUCUGGGGCGACAUCGCUCUCGACGAGGAGGACCUGCACAUGUUCCAGAUUGACAGGACGAUAGACCUCACGCAGCACACACACAUGCACACACACUCCCGGCAGGGGCACACAUCUGGUGGUCUGGAGGAACAAGAAAUUUCUAAGAAGAGAGGAUCUUUAUAUCUACUGCUGGAGAGAAUACGUAGGUUCGGCUUAGAAUAUCUCCCCAAUAACUCCAGCAAGGGAGCCCCCAGUCCCAAGAGCCAAUCUGGGAAAGGUGGGAAGACUGGGAAAGUGGUGAAAAGCCGUAUACCCCGAGCUGCCACAUCCCGAGCUGAGAGGAUAUGGCCCGGAGGAGUCAUUCCCUACGUCAUAGGAGGAAACUUCACUGGCAGUCAGAGGGCCAUGUUUAAGCAGGCCAUGCGUCACUGGGAGAAACAGACAUGCGUAACUUUCAUUGAGAAGACAGACGAGGAAAGCUACAUCGUGUUCACCUACAGGCCCUGCGGGUGUUGUUCCUAUGUGGGUCGUCGUGGCAAUGGCCCCCAGGCUAUCUCCAUAGGCAAGAACUGUGACAAGUUUGGCAUCGUGGUACACGAACUGGGUCACGUUAUUGGCUUCUGGCAUGAACACACGCGACCUGACCGUGACGAUCAUGUGACCAUCAUCCGGGAUAACAUCCAACCAGGCCAGGAGUAUAACUUCCUCAAGAUGGAGCCGGGGGAGGUCAACUCUCUCGGGGAGCCAUAUGAUUUUGAUAGCAUCAUGCACUACGCCAGGAACACCUUCUCACGGGGGAUGUUCCUCGACACCAUCCUUCCAUCCAGAGAUGAAAACGGCGUCCGGCCUGCAAUUGGUCAGCGGACCAGGCUCAGUAAAGGAGACAUUGCACAGGCAAGGAAGCUGUAUAGAUGUCCAGCAUGUGGAGAGACCCUCCAAGACUCAACGGGCAACUUCUCGUCUCCUGGUUACCCUAACGGUUACCCGUCAUACACACACUGUGUCUGGAGGAUAUCUGUUACACCGGGAGAAAAGAUUGUCCUCAACUUCACCACCAUGGAUCUGUAUAAGAGCAGUCUGUGCUGGUAUGACUACAUUGAAGUUCGGGAUGGAUACUGGAGGAAAGCUCCACUGCUCGGCAGGUUUUGUGGCGAUAAAGUCCCUGAUGUCUUGAUCUCCACCGACAGCCGGAUGUGGAUUGAGUUCCGCAGCAGCAGCAACUGGGUGGGAAAGGGCUUCGCUGCCAUUUAUGAAGCAAUCUGCGGAGGGGAAAUCACCAAGGACUCAGGACAGAUUCAGUCUCCCAACUACCCUGAUGACUACAGACCGUCCAAAGAGUGUGUGUGGAGGAUCACCGUGUCCGAGGGAUACAACGUCGGGCUCAGCUUCCAGGCCUUCGAGAUUGAGAGGCACGACAGCUGCGCCUACGACUACCUGGAGGUCCGAGACGGCCCCCUGGAGACCAGCCCUCUGAUUGGUCGAUUCUGUGGUUACGACAAACCCGAGGAUGUGCGCUCCACCUCACACACACUGUGGAUGAAGUUUGUCUCAGACGGGACGGUUAACAAGGCCGGCUUUGCUGCUAACUUUUUCAAAGAGGAGGAUGAGUGUGCCAAGCCAGACAAUGGUGGAUGUGAACAGAGGUGUGUAAACACUCUCGGCAGCUUCAAGUGUGCCUGCGACCCUGGCUAUGAACUAGCUCCUGACAAGAAGAGCUGUGAAGCGGCUUGUGGUGGUCUCCUCUCCAAGUUGAACGGGACUAUCAGCACUCCCGGUUGGCCCAAAGAGUAUCCACCCAACAAGAACUGUGUGUGGCAGGUGGUCGCGCCCACACAGUACCGCAUCUCCAUGCAGUUUGAGGCCUUCGAGCUGGAGGGAAAUGAGGUGUGUAAAUACGACUAUGUGGAAGUGCGAAGCGGCCUCUCGUCCGACUCUAAGCUGCACGGUAAAUACUGCGGCACCGAGGUCCCUGAGGUCAUCACGUCUCAAUACAACAACAUGAGGAUUGAGUUCAAGUCAGACAACACCGUGUCCAAAAAAGGAUUCAAAGCUCACUUCUUCUCAGACAAAGAUGAGUGCAGCAAGGACAACGGCGGCUGCCAGCACGAGUGCAUCAACACAGUGGGCUCUUACGUUUGUCAGUGUCGCCAUGGCUUUGUACUGCAUGAGAACAAACAUGACUGUAAGGAAGCCGAGUGUGAGCAUAAGAUCCACAGCCCCAGUGGGACCCUGAGCAGCCCCAACUGGCCAGACAAGUACCCCAGCCGCAAGGAGUGCACCUGGGACAUCACAGCCACGCCGGGACACCGAGUCAAGAUAACCUUCAACGAGUUUGAGAUCGAGCAGCACCAGGAAUGUGCGUAUGACCACCUGGAGGCCUUCGACGGGGACAGUGACACGGCAGCCAUCUUGGGUCGACUGUGUGGCAGUAAGAUCCCGGAGCAGCUGGUCUCCACCGGCAACAAGAUGUACCUCCGCUUCAUUUCUGACGCCUCAGUACAACGGAAGGGCUUCCAAGCUACACACUCCACAGAGUGUGGCGGUCGUCUGAAAGCAGAAGUUCGUCAGAAGAACCUCUACUCUCACGCCCAGUUUGGAGACAAUAAUUACCCGGGUCACACCGACUGUGAGUGGCUGCUGACGGCCGAACAGGGCUACGGCAUCGAGCUCACCUUCAUCACUUUUGAGGUAGAGGAGGAGGCCGACUGUGGUUACGACUACAUCGAGCUGUACAAUGGGUAUGACGCCAACUCACAUCGACUCGGCCGCUUCUGUGGUUCAGGGCCCAGAGAGGGGAUCUACUCACCCGGAGGCGCUAUGCUCAUCCGCUUCCACAGCGACGACACAAUCAGCAAGAAGGGCUUCCACAUCCGCUACACGAGCACCAAGUUCCAGGAGAGCCUUCACACCAGGAAAUGACCUCACACACAGCCCGUGACCUCUGACCUCUGUGCAGCCCCACCACUGUUACCCUGACCUUCACCAUGGCAAAGAGAAAAGCACAGCCUGUCCCCUCUUCUCAGACCCACGGACAGACGUGGACGCUUGCCAGCAGCGGGAGGAAGACCAUACUUACGUGAACAUUUGUCCCCCUCUGUGGCUCCGCGCAGGUCGUCGCACUCUGAGAUGAGACAGGAAAUACAGCGAGAUAUCAAGUUUGAACAAAUGUGGGGAAACACGUUGACAAUUCAGUGAGCCAUUUUUUGUGGAGGAGAUGGUUUUUGAUUAUUGGACAUGGAGCUUACCUCACUGUGGACAAAGGGUUCCCGAGGAUCCGAGUCAGUUUACUGAGAUACUCACACAAAAGAGUACAAACACACAUAAAACAUGCUUGACUCAUAUUCUGACUUAUUAACUAUGGAUGCUUGACGAACUGAGGAGCUUCUACCUAAACAAAUAAUGCAUCCAGCAAGGGAGUUUCGAGUCUUUCUGACUCCAUGAACUGUGCGACUUACUGUGAUCAGACGGCUGCUCGUACCAACAGUAAGUGAGAGGAAACAGACAUUUUUAUUGCCUUUGAUGCCUGGGAACUGGUCUCUUUAACCCAGCUCAGAACGGCUGCAGAUUAUUUUAUUUCAUGUCUUAUUGUAAAACCCAUUGUGUUUACUGUAUGUCUGUGUGUACAGAGAAAAUAACAAAAAACAAAAGGCCGAAGUCUGUCCUUUGCCCUUUUGCUUAAAGCUUAUGCAGACGACCAUUGUGGAAUGGGGAAAAAAAAAUGCAAAUGGAUAAUUUCCAAAUUAACUGUGAUGUUAAUGUAAAGCCUUGCAUUAUGUUGUGUGUGUCCUCGCUGUUUUUUUUUUUAGUUUUGCACCAUCUUGUAACAAACUGAGCAACUUCCAUGGAUGUUUCCACCUCACCCCCUCCAAAAAAAAGUUUUUUUCAGUGGAUAUCGGAAGGGAAUAUUUUCACAGCUGUCUCUCGGAGUGACACGAUUCUGAUUGAAGGAGAGAUUCCCAUGGUGCUAAAAAUAGAAACACACUGAAUGACAGGUGACUGCAGAUGCAAGUAAAGGUUUUCAAUCGGAGACACGGUCAGCGUGCAAACAGCACACUGCAUCAACAGCACUAGUCCUGUGGAACUACAAUAUUGCCUUAGAACCAAAAUGUAUGCUAUCGGAGGUCGCUCCUAUGCUCUUGCACAGGUGUUUUCGAGGUUUUUUGGCAGCGUAUUUCAUUUGUUUGGAGAUCUUGAAUGGUUUUAUUGUAAAAAAAAAAACUAACAAAAAAAAAACCUAACAAACAUGGGAAAUGUAGUCUGUGUGAGAGAUAGAGUGUCAAUGGUGCAUGUGUGUUUGUGUGUCAUUUUUGUAGCUGCUCUCAGAGAUACAUACACACACACGCUUACACGUCCACAAAAACACAAAACACACCUCGUUCGUGUGCGUUUUCCCGAACAUAUCUGCACACACACACCGUUUCCCUUCUCUAAAUUUGGAACGUGGAGAGCAAAGUGCUGUAAAGUUGAAGGAAUAUCAUGGUGCACACGGGGUGCAUCAUAUCUGUGUUAAAUGCAAAUGUGUAAGUGUGUGUUAUAGAAGAUCAUAGAGAAAUAAUGUGUGUAUGUCUGUAAACUGUUUUUAAGUUGAAAAUCAUUCAUCGCUGUACGUGCCAAGCUCCAGGUGACCCUGAUACACUGUAGUUUUUGUUUUUAUCAUUCCACCUCUGUAGUUCACAGACACCAACAUGACGCCCUCUGCAUCAGUCAUUAAAAUACACACAGGUAAAAACUGCA